AUGGCAGGAUUCAUCAAUUGGGCUAAAUCGCCUGCUGCGAGACAAUAUUUCUUCAGUACACAUUUCUGGGGACCUGUCGCAAAUUGGGGAUUACCUUUAGCAGCUCUAUCAGAUAUAGUAAAUAGAGAUGAAGAAUCUAUUUCAGGCGUAAUGAGUCCUACCUUGGCUGCUUACUCGAUGAUCUUCAUGAGAUUCGCAUGGAGAGUCCAACCUCGAAAUUACCUCCUGUUCGCAUGUCACGCCACCAACGCUACCGCUCAGUUAGUCCAAGAAGCCCGAUUCCUCAAUUAUUGGCAUUUCGGCGGAAGGGAAAAACAACAUCCUAUCGCAAGUAAAGUCGAUGAUGUAGCUGAAAAGGGCAAACAAGUCGCAGAGUCUGUGAAAGCGUAA